GCGCAGACGCCGCUCCUGUACCGGCGGGGGGAUAUAGUGCCGCGUUGCCGAGACUCCUCCCUUUUCUCUCUGUGUCCGCCAUCGAGUAGCAGGCAGGAGCAGGCGAUCAGCAUGGCCUGCGCUCGUCCUUUGAUAACCGUGUACUCCGAAAAGGGGGAAUCGUCAGGCAAAAAUGUCACUAUGCCUGCAGUGUUCAAGGCUCCUAUACGUCCAGAUAUAGUCAACUUUGUUCACACUAACCUGCGCAAGAACAGCAGGCAGCCAUAUGCAGUGAGCGAGCUUGCUGGUCACCAGACCAGUGCUGAAUCAUGGGGAACCGGCAGGGCUGUUGCCCGUAUUCCCCGUGUCCGUGGUGGUGGAACUCACCGUUCCGGCCAGGGUGCAUUUGGAAACAUGUGCAGAGGAGGACGCAUGUUUGCCCCAACAAAAACCUGGAGACGCUGGCACCGUAGAGUCAAUGUAACCCAGAAGCGAUAUGCUGUUUGCUCUGCACUGGCUGCUUCAGCCCUGCCUGCACUUAUCAUGUCUAAAGGUCACCGCAUUGAGGAGAUCCCAGAGGUUCCAUUGGUGGUUGAAGAUAAAGUUGAAAGUUACAAGAAGACAAAGGAGGCUGUCUUGCUGCUGAAGAAGCUCAAAGCGUGGAAUGACAUCAAGAAGGUCUAUGCUUCCCAGCGUAUGCGUGCCGGUAAGGGUAAGAUGAGGAACCGCCGUCGCAUUCAACGCAAAGGACCUUGUGUCAUCUACAAUGAUUUUCACUAG